UUGUGAAUCACGUGGAUUUACAUUUUUUUAACAACAAAAACAAUAAUAACAUUAAACUCAUCAAAAUGCCCACAUGAAGUUCAAAGAAAUUAAAAAUUACAAUUUUUAAAUUUUCGUUGUUCUUUAAUUAUUUUGGUUUUAACGUUUUAAAACUGUUGUUAAUCAUUCGUUUGGCCUGCCGUAUUUAAUUUGAAACAAUCAUGGGUAAACCGAAGCCAAAUAUAAUGACCGUGACCCACCCAAACAGUAGGAAAACCAAUCAAUUGAUUAAAACUAAACACAAAAUUGCAUUUCGGGACAAAAAAAAAUUAAACAAUUUAGCCAAACCGAGUAUUUUGUGUGAAAAACUUUUUUGGUUCAGAGAUAACAUCGACAACAUUAUCGAAAAAUACACACCACAGUUACUGGCGACGCUGAUUGAAAAGUAUUUAAAUAGAUUUGAACCCGAGUUGAAUGUCAUUAAAGCGAGACACAAGGAUAAAAACAAUCGAAGGUUUGCUAGCCGAGAAGACGUAAUUAGACAUACUAUGGAAAGAGAACGACAGGAAUAUAUCGCUGCUGGCAUAGAAGUACCCAACAUUCUCGACGCUGGACAGUUACUCUACUUGCGUACCUGGGACGGCGACAUAAGAUAUCUACCGAAUUUUAAAAUUAUUAGAUUUUCUAUGCCAAAGUAAUGUUAAUUUAUUUAUUUAGAAUCAAAGUAAACUAUUAGUAAAAAUAUGUAUGUAUUAUUUGAUUUCUCACAAAAGUUUAUACUGCUUAAAGUACGGCGUAAGUUUGAAUUUCAAAUACAAAAAUUACCAUCUAAAAAUAAA